CCUUCACCUCAUUUCUUUUCCCGCAACUGAGAUUCUUUACCCUAAAACCCUAAAUACUCUUAGCAGAGGCUAUCAAUGGCUUACAUCGAACAAAACCAAAAUGGUUCUCUAGUAACGCAAGAAUCUCAAAAUUCUCAAGUAAAGCCAGAAGAAGCAGACCCAGGAACAGUGAAAAUCGAACCAGAGGUUUCGAUAGAGAAGCCGAAAUGGCCUGGAUGGCCUGGGAGUUGUGUGUUCAGAUUGAUUGUACCUGUGUUAAAAGUUGGAAGUAUUAUUGGGCGUAAAGGAGAACUUGUUAAGAAGAUGUGUGAAGAAACAGGGGCGAAGAUUCGGGUUCUUGAUGGCCCUGCUUCUUCUCCUGAUCGUGUUGUUCUAAUAUCGGGGAAAGAAGAACCCGAGGCAGCAUUAUCCCCUGCGAUGGAUGCUGUAAUAAGAGUGUUCAAACGUGUCACUGGUCUGUCUGAAGGUGAAGAUGAUGUCAACUUAGCUGGAGUUGCUGGGGCUGCAUUCUGCUCCAUCAGACUACUUGUAGCAUCAACACAAGCUGUGAACUUAAUAGGAAAGCAAGGGUCUUUAAUCAAGCCUAUCCAGCAAAAUACUGGUGCCUCCAUUCGAGUUCUUUCCAAUGAUGAGAUGUCAAUCUAUGCGACUUCGGAUGAGAGAAUUGUGGAAAUUCAAGGUGAAGCUCUCAAGGUUCUUAAAGCUUUAGAAUCAGUGAUUGGGCACCUUAGAAAGUUCUUGGUGGAUCAUAGCGUUCUUCCCUUGUUUGAAAAGAGUUACAAUACACCUGCUGUUCAGGAGCGCGAAACUGAGCCUUGGUCUGAGAGGACGAUGCUUAAUACUUCACGACCAGGACUUGGUGAUUAUCCUCCUCGAUCAGGACUUGGUGAUUAUCCUCCUCGAUCAGGACUUGGUGAUUAUCCUCUUCCAACAAAGAGGGACUCUCUAUUUUCUGAACGUGAAAGCCAACUGGACUCACAUUAUCAUUCUACUGGACUUUCACUGUAUGGUCAAGAUCCUGGACUUUCAUUGUAUGGACAAGAUCCUGGACUUUCUGGAACUCGCACUUCAGGUGUUGGUCGUGCUGGGAAUUCUGUUAUUACUCAGAUAUCCCAGACUGUUCAAAUGCAAAUACCUCUAGCUUAUGCAGAAGAUAUCAUUGGCAUAGGGGGAGCAAGUAUUGCUUAUAUACGGCGUACUAGUGGUGCCGUUCUUACUGUGCAAGAAAGUCGUGGUUUAUCUGAUGAAAUCACGGUGGAAAUAAAAGGGACGUCAUCACAAGUUCAGACAGCCCAGCAACUUAUCCAGGAAUUCAUGGGCAGCCACAAAGAAUCACUUCCGAGCAGUUAUGGCCAGUUAGAUACAGGCUUGAGGCAAUCGUCUUACUCUAACCUAGGCAGUGGCUCUUAUCCAUCAUCUUCAUAUGGAGGACAUCAAUAUGGUGGUGGCUAUGGAUCAUUUGGUGCAGGAGGAGGCUACAGUAGCUACAGGUCAUGAACAGAAUAGCCGGAGUCUUGGCACUCGUACUUCCCUUCCUGUUUGCAUCUGGUGCCAGAGCAAACACUGAAGCAACUGCAUGUGGUUCAUGCUUUGUUAAUCUGAUGUCACAUACAACAAUGUAUUGAUAGCUUUUCAGUAGCUCACCAUAGCUUUGUAGUUCUUUCAUGUGUAUCGAUAUGAUACCAUUGAAUCUUUAGUUUAUUUAAUUUUACUUUAAGCUUCGUUUUGUAAAUGCUGCAUUUUGCGACUUGCACAAAAAUGAUCAGUUACAAUUGCCUCGCUUGAGGCGUUGUAGUUUCACAUAUUUAUGAAUGAACCUUGUCGAAUUUUGGUCUUUA